CCGGCCGCCGGCGCUUGCGGGCUGGAGCCGAGAAGUUGAGCGCGGGGUAUAGUUCCUACCGCGCCACUAGGCCAAGGUAUCCGCGCCGCUCAGGGUCUGGAUUUGCUCCCGGGCCUGAGGGAAGGGGCCGCACUGCGCGCGACGGCACCCGGAGCGCGGCGCGGAGCUGACGGGCGGAAAGACCCGGAGGAAGAGGCCCCAAACUCCGGCCGGGGCGGCGCGGCCUUGGGGCGGGCAUGAGCCUCUUCCCAGGUGCUGAGAAGGCCCUCGAGGGCUGAGGCGCCGGACUGCGCCGCGGCCCGCAAGAAACUCGCUGCGUCCGGGGCAGGAGGGGGCCGGGCGCGCGGGCGAUGAGCCGGGGGCGCGCUGCGCCGCGCUAGGGCUGAGCGCGACCCGAGGGCGCGGGCCAGGCGCUCCGGACGCGGGGCGCGGGUCCCCCACCCCACCCGCCCUUCCCGCCGGGACCCCCGCGCGCCCCAGCAUGGAGUGGAGCUCGCUGCUGGAGGUGACCUCGCUGCUGGCCGCCCUCGCGCUGCUGCAGCGCUCCCGUGGCGCGGCAGCCGCCUCGGCCAAGGAGCUGGCGUGCCAGGAGAUCACCGUUCCGCUGUGCCGCGGCGUUGGCUAUAACUACACCUACAUGCCCAACCAGUUCAACCACGACACGCAGGACGAAGCGGGCCUGGAGGUGCACCAGUUCUGGCCACUCGUGGAGAUCCAGUGUUCGCCUGACCUCAAGUUCUUCCUGUGCUCCAUGUACACGCCCAUCUGUCUGGAGGACUACAAGAAGCCUCUGCCGCCCUGCCGCGCAGUGUGCGAGCGCGCCAAGGCCGGUUGCGCGCCACUCAUGCGCCAGUACGGCUUCGCCUGGCCCGACCGCAUGCGCUGCGACCGACUGCCAGAGCAGGGCAGCCCGGACACGCUGUGCAUGGACUACAACCGCAGCGACCCCGCCACAGCCGCGCCCGGCCCGCCGCCCCCGCCCGCUGAGCAGCCGGCCUCGGGCAGUGGGCAAGGCCGGGUGCCUGGCGCCCGAGCCCCGCAUCGAGGUGGCGCGGACGGCGGGAGUACUGGGGGCGCCGGCCGGGGCACGGGCGCGCGCGGCGGAGCCAAGGCCCCGUGCGAGCCCGGGUGCCAGUGCCGCGCGCCCAUGGUCAGCGUGUCCAGCGAGCGCCACCCGCUCUACAACCGGGUCAGGACUGGCCAGAUCGCCAACUGUGCCCUGCCUUGCCACAACCCCUUCUUUAGCCAGGAUGAGCGCGCCUUCACUGUGUUCUGGAUAGGGCUCUGGUCAGUGCUCUGCUUCGUGUCCACCUUUGCCACCGUGUCGACCUUUCUCAUCGACAUGGAGCGCUUCAAGUACCCUGAACGGCCCAUCAUCUUCCUCUCGGCCUGCUACCUCUUCGUGUCGGUCGGCUACCUGGUGCGCCUGGUGGCAGGCCACGAGAAGGUGGCCUGCAGUGGUGGAGGCGCGGGCGCGGGGGGUGCGGGCGCGGGAGCAGGGGGCGCGGCGGGGGGCGCUGGGGGCCCUGGCGCGCGCGGCGACUACGAAGACCUGGGCGCAGUGGGGCAGCACGUGCGCUAUGAGACCACGGGCCCUGCGCUGUGCACUGUGGUCUUCCUGUUAGUCUACUUCUUCGGCAUGGCCAGCUCCAUCUGGUGGGUCAUUUUGUCGCUCACCUGGUUCCUGGCAGCCGGCAUGAAGUGGGGCAACGAGGCCAUCGCUGGCUACUCGCAGUACUUUCACCUGGCCGCCUGGCUGGUGCCCAGCGUCAAGUCCAUCGCCGUGCUGGCGCUCAGCUCGGUGGACGGCGAUCCAGUGGCCGGCAUCUGCUAUGUGGGGAACCAGAGCCUAGACAACCUGCGGGGCUUCGUGCUGGCGCCGCUGGUCAUCUACCUCUUCAUUGGCACCAUGUUCCUGCUGGCCGGCUUCGUGUCGCUCUUCCGGAUCCGCUCGGUCAUCAAGCAGCAGGGCGGACCCACCAAAACACACAAGCUGGAAAAGCUCAUGAUCCGCCUGGGGCUCUUUACAGUGCUCUACACUGUGCCCGCUGCCGUCGUGGUCGCCUGCCUCUUCUACGAGCAGCACAACCGCGCACGCUGGGAGGCGGCGCACAACUGCCCCUGCCUGCGAGACCUGCAGCCAGAUCAGGCGCGCCGGCCGGACUACGCAGUCUUCAUGCUCAAGUACUUCAUGUGCCUGGUGGUGGGCAUCACCUCGGGCGUGUGGGUGUGGUCGGGCAAGACGUUGGAGUCCUGGCGCGCGCUGUGCACGCGCUGCUGCUGGGCCAGCAAGGGCGGCGCUGGGAGCGCCGGGGGCUCGGGGCCGGGAGGCGGCGCGGGGCCCGGGGGCGGAGGGGGCUCGCUUUACAGUGACGUCAGCACCGGCCUGACUUGGCGGUCCGGCACGGCCAGCUCGGUGUCCUACCCGAAGCAGAUGCCAUUGUCCCAGGUCUGAGCGGAGGGGCGGGGGCUCAGGGACCCUGAAAGGGCGGAGGUUCCCACCGCGUCACCAUGUUGAUUGCUAUUAGCAUGAUAAUGAACUCUUAAUGGUAUCCAUUAGCUGGGACCUAAAUGACUUGCUCAGAACAAAGUACCUGGCAUUGAAGCCUCCCGGCGCCCUCGCCUCCACUGACACUUGGAGCUCCUCCUGGCGGACUGCACAGCGCUCCGAACCCGGGGUCUGCAGCGCUCAGAGCUGCCCGGUGCUGAGCCGGAAGCCACAGCUGCAGCCUUCACCCGAGGGACUCCUUUCCUCCCUUUCGACUCUCCCACGUGAACUCUUCCUCCCGUUGUAUCCCGGAGGAGGGAGGACGGCGACCUAACAGGAUUGCACGGUUUGGGUAUUUUUAAUGACCAGGCAGAUGCCUUAAAUAAACAAGAUAUGUCUUAAUUAUACACCCCAAGUAAAUACGGGUUUCUUACAUUAGAGGAUGUAUUUAUAUAAUUAUUUGUUAAAUUGUAAAAAUGUGUAAAAUAUGUACAUAUCCAAAGAUAUACAUUGUGUACAUUUUUUUUGUAAAAAGUUUAGAGGCUACCCCUGUAAGAACAAAUAUAAGUAUUCUAUUUUGUCAAUAAAAUGACUUUUGAUAAAUGAUUUAAACAUUGCCCGCUCCCCAGCCUCUUCUAAGCUGUCACCUUUACCGUGCUUGCUAAGGAUGCAUGGGGGAAAUGGACAUUCUCUGGCUGUCAUUCUGUACACUGACCUUAGGCAUGGAGAAAAUUACCUGUUAAUCUCUAGUUCGCAAACUGUUAACAAGUAAAUACCACUGUGGAACUGAAAUCAAAAUUGAAUUUCUGCACCUUCUCCAGUGAUGGUGUUUGAAUGGUAGAUCUUUGCUGAUCCGUGGAUUACAACUCACUUUAGUGUGUGUAAAUGGGACUUCUUGCAAAGAUAGAAAUUCCACAUAGGCCUUGUUAUUUAUCUUGUGUGAUAUUACUAAAGGUUUCAUAACCCCACAUUCAUAUCUCGAGUCUGUGAUUUUGAAAGCACCUGGCUUUUUAGGAACUGAUUUCUGUUGGAGAGUGGAGACUGGUAUUCUAAACCAGAGUUCUGCAGUACAAGUCACUUGACAAUCUGGUAGUGGAGCAGGCGCUCUUUAAUGGAUUAAACUAACGGGUUAACAUCUUAAUAACCUUCCAUGCUUGUGUAUACCAAAUGUGCUUCUUUUCCGAGAGAAAAAGCUAUUGUUCCUCUGUCAAGACUAAGCUAAUUUAUUUGAGCAGAAGGCUGUUGAAUUAGCAGAAGAAUGCUUUGGCAAUUGUUGAACUUUUUACCUGUCUGCCCAGUGGCUCAGCACAUCAUUCCUUUAAGUGGAGCUAAAUGAAUAGGGUUAAUCUGUAGGGAACUUGGUCUUUUGAGUUUGAAAAACUUUGAUCUUUUCUCCUCUCCAAAUGUGCUGUAUGGUCUGAAGUUUCUUUCCCCGCUGCCCAGCUCCUCUUGCUGCAGACCAAUUGGCCACCGUGGAGCCUUAAAGUUCUUCCAUUAAAGGGCUGUGGGACUUUUACUUUAAAAAGGAGAGAGAGCGAGGGAGAGGAAGACUUGUAACAGUUAGUGAAGACCAGAGGCACAAGUGCGCACAGCCUUUUAAACAGCUUUUCCCGGCAUUGUUAGCCAGCCGGCAGGCAGCUAGGCAUGGGUUGAAGCAUUAUAGAAAAGGGCUCUGAAUGCCCUACAGGUGGUCUGUGCACAUAAUCCCCCAAUUUAAAGCGUUUUCCUUUGCUGGACAAUUGCAUUACAAAACUCCCUUCUCUUUCGCUCCUAAUUGAACCAAUGAACUAUUAUAAACUACAAGUUUUUCUUAAAAAAAAAAAAAAAAAAAAAAAACCCUCAGUGCCUAAAUUCUAUUGACUAAAUUCUGGCAAGUUUUCUGAACUGAACCUUUUAAAGCACCGGAAGUGAAAGCUGCUUCAGCAGACAUUUCUUUCUGAGAUAUUUUUAUUCCUUAUGCUUGUUAUUUUGGGGGCAGAUUAGCAAUAAUUUAAAAGUAAUUGGUGAGGUUGUGUGUUCAUACUGAAAAGAUAGCCCCAGGUUCCUUAUUAGUCUGUCAAUCACCAUAAGCAGUGGGCAGCUACCCUGCUAAUGGCAGGGGCAUCAAUCACUGGGGCAGGAGGGGAUGGUUGUGUGCACUUUUCUCAGAUGUUUGUUCUCUUCAUAACAGGAAUAUUUAGUAGUUUUAAAGAAAAUCUUUUUUUUUUAAUUAAUAGGAUGAAGAUGGCCUUCUCUAUUGAUCUCUGUCAUGUAGGCUUUUGAGAAGUUUCCUGGCAAUGAUGUUUUGCAAAUGCUUUCCAGACUCAUGGUUGGUGUUAAUUGGUUUUUAAAAUUUGGAUAUGCUCUAAGAAUGCCUGCAUUAGUUAUCACACCUAUUUCAUUUCUGCAAGUUGGGUGUUAUAAAAAUCUUUACCUUGCCA